UCUAUGAUAAGAUCUAUGGCCGUGUUUGUGAUUAUAACUAUAUUUAAUCUCUUUCGGCUUUCGUAUGAUUAGGAAAUGAGCAUUGAGUUCAUUUAAAUUUUAAGAGAAAUAAAACAACUGCUUUAUUUAAGAAAUGUAUUGUGGAGGGAAUUAAAUUUGUUUAAUUUAAAUUAUCAGCGCAUUUAACAGAACUCGAAAACUGUACACAGUAUUUUGUUCAUUGGUUAACUCAAUAUUUUUUAUAAUGAAUGACGAAGAAGUUAUUUGGCGUAAAUUACUGAUUGAUGGUGAUGGAAUUGGUGACGAUAGACGGUUGAAUAUAUUGUUGAAGUCAUAUUUAAAAUGGUGUAAUACAAAAUACAAUGAUCCUAUUGAAAGUCAUAAAGUAAUGGAAAAAAUGUUUGUUCAUCUAAAUUUGUGUGAACACGCAAUGAAAAAAUCCCAAGCAAUAUCGCAAAUGAAUGCUCAAGAAAUGUUAAUAUAUGAUGAUAUGUCAAGCGAGAUUGAUCAUAAUAUUGAUAAUACAAAACUUGAGAUUGAGUGUGCCAAAGAAGAGUUAAAAAAAGCUAAGACUAUUAGACGAAACCGAAUGGAAUAUGAUGUACUUGCCAAACUUAUUAUUCAACACCCACCUAGAACUGAAACCGCUAAAAGAUUAGACGACUUAAAAGACGAGCUUCAAGCAUUAAAAAUGACCAGAUACGAGUUAAAUCAAAAAUUAGAUAAAAGAAAAAAACAAAUGCACGUGCUGAUGUCAACACUAAAUGAUCUUACUGAUAGUUUGGAUGACAACGGUUCAUUAAGUGAAGAUAUGUCGUAUGAAACCUUUGAUGAUGAAGACUUAGAUAUUUUAACAAGAAAAGACGAUGUUGAAGAAAGAAUGUCUGAAUAAGUUGGUUAAAUUUUAAAAAUCCUUUAUAAUUUUAUAAUUUUUUAUAUAAUAUAUAAUUUCAGAAAAACAAUAAGAAUAAUUAUGUUUUAUUUUUACAUUAUUAAACUGAUAUUAUGACAGUCAAUAUUUGUACAUUAAAAUAACUAAUUUAACUGGAAGCGAUUGCCAUCUGUAACUCAUUUUGUAUAAAGUUCAUUGUUUCCCUUAUUACAAUUUGUUUAAUAGAUUGACUGGCAGCUAAUGUUAUUGUUAAGUUCACCACGUCUUUUAAAUCAACAGAUUGUACAGCAUUUUGAAUAGCAUCAAACAUUUUUCUUUGAGUUUCAUAAUCCAAUUCAUGAAUGACUUCUAAGAGAGAUUUGUAGUUUGGAGCCAUACUUACGGCAGCAACUGUACCCACAAGUCCACCUAUAUGUAUAAAAAUGAUUUAUUAUAUAGAAGUAAAUAAUUAAUAUUAUGAUAAUAAAAAAUUGUUUUAGACUUAGUCUAAGCUAAUUAGCUCUAAUUUUGAUCACAAGUAUCCAAUAAUUUAAUAAUAACAAGUAGGUAACACAACAUAUAACUAUUAUAUGGUUUUGAACAUAGGACUUAGGAAUCAAUUCCAUUAUACAUUUUAGAAUUGGUCUAGAAAAAACAUUUGUAUCCGGACAGAUAAACCAUGUUUGAUUUGUUGGCAACCUAAUUUUAAACCCGAUUACAUAUAAUAAUA